AUGGCUUCAAAUAGUAUAGACGAUGAAAAACCAAAUUUACGACCAACUAAAUAUAAUAAUGCUAGUGGUAAGAGUCUUUAUUUACAUCAUAAUCCUAAUCAAUCAUCGACAAAAUCAUAUAUUCAUGCAAUAUGGAAAAAUAUCGAUGAACAAUUAAAUGAGUCUUUUUAUGAUAAACAAGAUCUAUUUGGUAUUCAACAACCUCAUAUUGAAUAUUCUUUAAAUAAACAACAACGAUGGAAUAUUUUAAAUGAUAUUCAUGAAUAUAUUGCUAAUCAAUCAAAUUCAUCAUCAGAUAAUGAAUUUAAUACACAAUUUGAUUUGAAACAAAGACGAAAAAAGAAAAAAACUCGACAACAAUAUGUAAAUAUUCAUCAAACAAAAUAUCAUUUAUAUGAAUUUCAUCAAAUUGAACGAAAAUCUAAUUGUAUAAGAAUGACCAAUAAUACAACAGAACGACAUGUACAAACACCUAGAAAAACUUAUAUGAAUAAAUCAAUAAAUAAUAUAAAAAAAAAAGAAGAACAAAAUCAUCAAAAUAAUAAUGUAGAACAUGAUAAUAAUAAAACAAAAGAAGUUACUCCCGAUAUAACUUAUUUCGCAGUAGUUCCAGCACCACGAGAAAAACAAUUAGUUAAUAUUAAAAAAAAUUCUAAUACAAAAAGAAAGAAAACAAGAUCAUAUAUACAACGUGAUAAAUUUACUGAAGUAAAAGAACGGUUAGAUAGUGAGGAACAAUUAGAAAAUGAAAAAGAAAACUUAUCAACGGAUGACGAUGAAUCCAUAAUAUCACACUAUACUUUCUCAAAACCUGAUGAAUUACAAUUAAAUGAUUUCAUUACUAUUACAUCAAUCGAUGAUAAUAAUAAUAAUAAAAUAUCUUUUAAAUGUGAAAAUUCUGAUCAAAUCAAUAAAUGUCAUUCAAAAUCAUUACAUACAUCUUCUGAUGAAAUCAAUUCAUUGCAACAAAAAAAUCGAUUUUAUCGACAAAUAAGUACAGAAGAAGAAUUUUAUAAUCAAGAUAGGACUACAUAUGUCAAAAUGCAACGAAAACCUAAUGAAACAAAUAAAUCAAAAGGAAAAUCUUCUCAUCGUUUAAUGUCAUUAUCAUUUCGUACGAUUUUUUUACAUCAAACAGAAUUAACUAUUGAAUAUCUAUCAAAAACUUAUGGAAAAAAUUUUCUUCAUGCUCAAUGUUAUCCAACAAAAUAUUUAAUUUGUCUUACAGAUCGUUUAAAAUCAUUUCAAUGGUCAAAUAAAUUAAAUUUUUUUUCAUCUAAUCGAAUACUUAAUUGUUAUCUUUUUAUCAUAUUAAAUAAUAAUGAAUUAAAUAAUGAAAAUAAUAUUUGUCAAGGACAAGUAGCUCUUAAUAUGGAUUUAUAUACUGAUACAAUAGAAAUUGAAAAUUUAUCUCAAUCAAAAGAUAAUAUAUAUAAAAUUGAUGAAUUAAUAAAUAAAACAAUUGAAUUUAUAACAAAUUUAUCAACGGAUAAAUUUAAAUCAAUUAAUUUAGAAAUCAAUCAAAGAAAAUUGUAUCCAAAUGAAAUAGAUAAUCAAUUAAGUGAAUGUGAAUUUAUUAAUAAACAAAUUCAUCAAAUACAUUUAUUAGAUAAAAAUGAUUUACAAAAUAAAUUAAAUAUUGAAGAAUUAAAUAAUAAUAAUAAUAAUAAUUUAAGUCGACCUGAUAUUUGUACAAAUUGUUGUUGUGAUAUGAAUGAAUUAACACCAAUGACAGCAUUAAAAUCUUGUUCACAUUGGUUAUGUAAUCAUUGUUGGAAACAAUAUCUUGAAAAUUCAAUUAAAUCUAUUCGAGUUAUACGUUGUCCAGAAUGGAAUUGUUGUUCACUUGUUGAUAUUGGUACAAUUUUAUCUUUGGUUAAUAUUCAUUAUAUGAAUAUCUAUGAACGUAAUAUAGAAAAAUGUCUUGUAAAUUUAUCUCGUUCAUAUAUUAAAUGUCCAUUAAAAUCAUGUUCAAUUAUUUUUCAAAUUAUUGAUUCUGGUAUUGAUUAUGUUCGAUGUCGUUGUGGUCAUCAAUUUUGUAUUGAUUGUAAACAAGAACCACAUUUUCCAGCAACAUGUACUUCCUAUCGAGCAUAUAUAGAUGAAGUAUAUCAAAACGGUGAUUUACUUUCUGAUUAUAAUACUAAACUUAUAGUUAGAGGUCGACAUUGUGUAUCAUGUAAUAAUUUUAUUGAAAAGAACGGUGGUUGUAAUCAUAUGACAUGUCGAUGUGGUGCUGAAUUUUGUUGGCUUUGUACUGCUUAUUGGAAAGAUCAUUUUUCAUCUAAUGGUGAAUUUCAAUGUCCAAAACAACAAAUAUCAAUUCAAAAAAAAGUUCUAACUAAAGAACGUAAUCCAUCUCGAAAACUUUAUGAACUUGCAAUUCAUCAUCGACAUCAACGUACUUUUCAAAAUCAAACAAAACAAAAUGAAAAUGUUAAACGUCUUAUUGGAACAAUACCAUUAGAUAGAGAAACUUGUUUUGAUACUAAACUUAUUAAAUCACAAAUUGAUAAACGUGAAGAACUUUUACGACAUUCAUAUGAAAUGGUUAAAUAUAUCAUUUAUUUACAUCGUAUAUGUGAAUUUAUUGCUGUAGCUGCUGAUGGUUAUGCUAAUAAUCCAAUUGAAUUUUCCAAUAGUAUAUAUCUAUUUGAAACUCUUAUUUUUAAUAUGAGUCAAUUAAUUGAAAGUGGACGUGGUUAUCAAGCUAUUGAACAAUUAAAUGAUUUAUAUAAAAAAAGUGAAAAAUUAAUUGAACGUCUUCGUCAUGCUGUUAUUCUUCGUAAAAUACGUCGAAUAAAUCAAACUGGAUAUGUGACUUCCUAA